AUGGCCGCCCACGUUCGUGAAUCAGUCAAACAACUCGACAAGAACUCAUGGCUCAUCGGCGACAAGUCAAUUCUCCGUCGACGAUCCUCCCCUCCUGCUGAGUAUCUGUGGAAGGACAGCGACGGCUUCUGGUACUCUCUCUCUCACGCGACCUCGCCGCUGCCACCAGCUGGACCUCUACCCUCCGAUAGUCAUAUCCGCCAGGUCCACGACGCCGGAGAUGCAUCCGCGGUAUGGAGUUUCGGCGACGCCUUAGGAUGGCUUGCUAAGCAACAAAGUCUCAGCUUCGUUAUAGCCAAGGUUUUGCACUAUACCGAAGGGGAUGACAGGAGCUAUCUUUGGGUCACUCGCGUGCCGGGCCAAGUUCUCUCCGACGCUUGGCAGACGAUGGAUGAGGACGAGAAGCAGCACUAUGUUUGCCGCACUGUUGAUAUCUGCAAGGAGUUGUCAGCCUGGCGCUCCGAAGCUAUUACCGGAAUCGAUGGUGCAGAGUUUCCUGAUACAUGGUUAGAUCUGCUCCAUUCACCCCACAACUUCAAUCCGCAAGCCCUUCAAAAGCCUUGCAGCGAGUUGGGCAUGGACUGUUCGACGUUCUACUUUUGGCAUAGCGAUCUUGGGCCUUACAAUAUCGUUGUCAACUCAGGUGAGAAGGGCACCAUGGGAAUCAUCGAUUGGGAGAUGGCCGCGUUCGUUCCGCGGGCGUGGAUAAGAACGAAAGUUGGGGUUUCAUGGGCUAUGGACUUUGCAUGGCCGGAAGUGCAUGGGGAUGAUCCAUCUCUACGAGAAUGGAGAGAGCGAGUUGAGCAGAAGUUUGGAGAGGAAGGGUAUCCAGAAGUUAAAGCAGCUUGGAAGAAGUGGCUGAUGGACCAAUACUCCCCACCAACAGAAGCUAACGUCGGGAGCUUGGGAAAGACUUAG